CAAGAAAAUAAGCAAGUAAUUGAAAAAAACACCAAAAAAAAACAAAUUAACACAAAAAAAACAAGAAAAACAAGACAAUAAAUAAAUAAAACACGUUAAAAUCAAUAAAGUAAGACAAUAAAUAAAAAAAAACACGUCAAAAUCAAUAAAAUAAGCAAAAAAUUGAAAAAAAACCACAAAAAAAAAACAAAUUAACACAAAAAAACAAGAAAAACAAGAAAAUAAAUAAAAAAACACGUUAAAAUCAAUAAAAUAAGACAAUAAUUAAAAAAAAACACGUUAAAAUCAAUAAAAUAAGCAAAAAAUUGAAAAAAAACACCAAAACAACCAAAAAAACGAGAAAAUAAGAAAAAAUAAGAAGAAAACAAGAAAAACAAGAUUAUUCAUUAAAAAAAACACGUUAAAUUCAAGAAAAUAAGGAAAAACUUGAAAAAAACGAUUUUUCUGCACCACAAAGACAAAUAAACGAGGAAAUAAGAAGAAAAUAAGGAAAAAAAAUGAAAAAAAUAAGAAUAAAUGGGAAAAUAAACAAAAUAAUACGUAAAUAAAUGAGAAAUAUAAUAAAAUAAAUAAAUAAAUAGAUAAAUAAAUAAAUAAAUAAAUAAAUAAAUAGAUUUCACCACGAAAAUAAAUAAAUAAAUAAAUAAAUAUAUAAAUAAACAAAUAAAACGAAAAAAAAACACGAAAAAAAACAAGAAAAAAAACAAGAAAUAAAAAAAACAAGAAAAAAACAAAGAAAAACACCAAAAAAAUUCAAAAAAUAAAUAAACAAAUAAAAAAAUAUAUUAAAAAAACACACAAAAAAACACCAAUUUCUCUCUUCCCCCCCAGAACCCCCCCACGCCCAUGCCACGCCUCUGGGCAACCAUAGUGUGGGUGUGGGUGGCGUGGGCGUACGCAUCAGCCACCACCCACGCCCACAGCCCCCGCAAAGCAUUCUGGGACCCAAACACCCACGCCAACCCUUUACUUGAAGCGAUAAGACAAGUUUCCGAUGGGUUCCAGCACCACGGACGCGCCUACACGCCCGCACACGCCCACGCCCACGCCCGCCCCCCCAGGCCAUGUUUGAUGUCUAUGAGCGCGUCAUGCGGGGAGAGAGUGAGCGGUUAUACGGUGGAAAUAUUAUGAGUUGUCUCCUUCCUGUGUCUGAAGAAUUAGAUGGUACUCAGGUGUAUGACGUGACAGGUGUGGGCGCCGAGGGGGAGUUGGUGCACGCCAGCCUCGUUAUGCCGCCCACACGCCUCGCCCACGCCCACCUUUUCUACCCCGCCCACGCUCAAAGGAAGAUUGUAACCAGGAGAGUCCGUGCGGGCGUGAAGAAAACGGACAUUACAAGGGAAGUGCAGGCGGUUACCAACAUGGCAGUUAGGAGCGUGGGAGGCGUGGGCGCUUUGCUGGGGGUCAAACUAACGGAGAAGAGAGAGGGAGUGGGGUGGAAGGGGGGCGGAAGGGGGUUAGGGGAGGACAGGACCCCCCUACUCUCCUCCUCUACUUCAAAGACCCGCUCCUAACUCGUAACGUGGGUGUGGGCGCCUUGUCUAACGAUCUGCCUGGUCUGGUUGUGAAGAAGACAGAAAAUGUGGAAACAAGAGGAAGAGGAAGAAGAAUGAAGAAGAGGAGGAAGGAAGAGGAAGAGGAGGAGGAAGAGGAGGAGGAAGAGGAAGAGGAGGAAGACUUGAUUCCACUCCCAAAGCACUAUACAAAGAGGAAGUGGGGGGAGGAAGAUAAGGAAGAGAGGAGGAGGAGGAGGAGGAGGAAGAGGAGGAGGAGGAGGAGGAGGAGGAGGAGGAGGAGGCGAGACAAACAGAAAGACAUGAAUUGGCUGAAGAUUCCGCCAUAUUGGAUUGACUUGAAGACAAACACAACAAAUGAAUCAAGAAUACGUCAAUCUCAUUUUCCCCAACGGCACUGCUCAAGAUCAAGAUCAAGACUCCACAUCAACAAAUUUUCAAAUCCACACGUGUUUUUUCCACAAUAUCUCGAUUUCUACACCUGCAACGGGUCCUGUGGCGGAGCUGCUGGUGUGCCUGCCUGGAAAAACUCAAGAAAAUACAAGCCGCCUCGCUCCCCCCUCUCCCCCUGUCCCUCUUCUUCCUCCUCUUGUGUCCCUGAUCAAGUCAACGAUUUGGCGGUCAUAUUCAAAACUUCGACUUCAUUUGUUUUGAAAAUUUUUAGAGAAAUGAUUGUGAAGAACUGCAAGUGUCUGUGAGAGAGAGAGAGAGAGAGAGAGAGAGAGAGAGAGAGAGAGAGAGAGAGAGAGAGAGAGAGAGAGAGAGAUGUGGUUGUAAUGAUAUGAAAUAAUUUUACGAUAUGAAAAAUAAAUUAAAAAAAAAUCAUUAUUAUUAGGAUUGUGUUAGAGAGAGAGAGAGAGAGAGAGAGAGAGAGAGAGAGAGAGAGAGAGAGAGAGAGAGAGAGAGAGAGAUAGUAAUUGUUAGUAUUGUAUCUUAUAUGUGUAUUUAAAUGUUUGUCUGUCUGUCUGUGUGUCUGUCUGUCUGUCUGUCUGUAUGUCUAUCUAUAUAAUUAAAUAAAUGUCACUUUUCUCUCCUAAUAAAAAAAAUAUAUAUACUUUUAUUAAUUUUCUCUGUUUCUAAGUAAAAUCAUCUACUUUUUUAUUAAAUUUUCUUCGCUUAUAAGUAAAAAAAAACUUAAACAUUUUCUCCUUUCUAAGUAAAAAAAUCUACUUUUCUCCAUUACUUAUAAAAAAAUAACGUUUUAGCUGUGUAAGUAAAAAUAUCAUAAGUAUUUAAGUAGCCAGGAAUUGUAGUAGCAGUAGUAUUAAGAGAGAGAGAGAGAGAGAGAGAGAGAGAGAGAGAGAGAGAGAGAGAGAGAGAGAGAGAGGUAGAUUAGGCUGUGUACGUGUUUAUAAGUGUUAAAUGUACUUAAUAAAAUGGUUCAAUUCUUGUAGUAGUGUUGUGUUAAGUAAAUAAUAAGUAGAUGUAAGUAGGUGGUAGUAUUAAUAAAAGUGUUAAGUGAAA